AGGUCUUGAAAUAACAAAUGAGGCCCAGUAAAAGCCGAGAAAGGAAGAAACGAAGAGUGACGUCAACAAAGCUGGAGAGUUACUCUCCCGAAGGAACAGAGGAAGCAGAAGACGUGAAGAACAGCUUAUUGACAGAAUCAACUGACUUGGCCACCUUUUCAGAUACACUUUAUCAGAACUUGAAAGUCUGUGAAAGCAGAAAGUUUGAAGGAGCAGAGACAGCCCAGCAAGUAUUGGAACAACAAAGAAAGCGAAUUGAACAAUUGGAAAACGACCUGAGAGAAACCAAAGUAGAAAUGGAGAGGUUGCGCCUGUACAACAGACAACUUGCAUUGGGUUUAACUUCACUCAAUAGACAGGGUACGGAGUGCCCUAACUGUUCUAUUUUAUCCUCAUCAUUCAGCAGUCAUCGACCCGAGAUGUCCGGCUAUCGAACUGAAAAAUCCAUACACCAUGACCUGGAAGCAACAGAAACAUUUGGACAUGCUCCAAGUAAUGAUGUUUUCACGCCAACUUCUAGUGUUCCAAACCAAAGUCAGGAAGAGAGUUUGGAGGCAGUUAGCAAAGUAGAAAGGAAGGCACAAAGUCGUUAUUGGACGGCAGAUGAACAUAAACGCUUUCUGGAAGGUCUUGCUAGGUUCGGUCACAAGGAUAUGAAAGCUAUUGCUCGAUUUGUCGGAACAAGGAAUGCCACGCAGGUACGAACACAUGCCCAAAAAUACUACUUGAAACUUGCGAGAGAGGCAGCAAAGAGGCAAUCACAUCAAAAUGAUCAACGUCCAUCAGUUUACUCGGACUUCAGUUCGAUAGGACAACGAAGAAAUAUGGGUCCGAUUUUUGGGAAUACAGAUGAAUUUUUGACAAAUAUGAGAAAUAGAAACUGCGAUGACCAUAGUUUUUCGGUAGACAGUUUUGAGUCAUGUGGGUUGGAAAGUAGAAUGGCAUCUUCGGCAUGUUUGAAUGUGAAUGCUUUUCGAGAUGAGAAUGAAACCAAUGCAGAUGGAUUGUUCCAUUCAGCGACUUUGUGUAUGACGGGUUUUGAUCAGGAUUCAAGUUUUAGAGAGUUUAGUACAACUUCCGAGGGACUUUCAGAAAGAAGAAGUGUUUCUAACAAUGAUUUGUCAUCAACUAGCUUUUAUGAUGUCGAAGGAACAGAUACCGUAUCGGAUAGGAAUGGAACUUGCAUUUAUGAAUGGCCAAGUAACAAUGAUGAGAAUGGGGUAGAAGGAAAUAAUCGUUCUUCGAAUGUAUCGUUUGUGGACAAGAGGCCCAAUUUGGACACUGACUCAGGAUCUUUCCCAUUGGAAGAUAGCGAAUAUUCAUGGAAUGCUUUAGAAGAGCUGCAUGAGAAAGACUUUUCAGAAUUUGAAGACUUUAGAAAGUUCCCUGAGAAGUCCAUUGGGCAUAUUUCAUUGUCGAUAAACUCCAUGAUUUUUGAUAGUUCAUAUGAGUCUGCACAUGCUACUGUGAGAGCAGAAGAGAAUUAAACAAUUGGAUUCAGCUGUUGUUAUAAAGAGCCUUCACUCUCAUCUAACGCAUUCGAUCGACUUGUUCCUAUUUAGUUAGACUGGUUUUUAAUUUUGGGGAAUAAAAAAAUGUGAGUCAAA